UUUCUUCAUGUCAUUUAGAUAUUUUGGACCGAAAAAGAGCAGUUUGAUCGGUCACUUUGCAGCAGUUUAUAGCCCAUAGCUCCCUAAUUUCAUUCCUAUGCAACUCACAAAAGCAGCGUCACUUGCCUCCGCCUCCAGCUAUAACGCCUUACAUGGAGUCCGCAGAAGACGACCUCCGACGGCCGAUCUUGAACUCAACUUCGUCGCCGACGGCGGUUCAGGAGGAACAGGCAGAGCCUAACGGUGGUGGAGCUCACGUAGUUGAUUCCAGACUGGAAAAUGUUCUCUCAGACACCAACCUGACGUGGUUCAAGAAGUUCCGAUCAGCGACGUGGAUUGAGCUGAACCUUCUCUCCCGCCUCGCAGGUCCGGCCAUCUUCGUCUACCUCAUCAACAACCUCAUGUCCAGCGCCACAAGAGCUUUCGCCGGCCACCUCGGCAACCUCGAGUACGCCGCUGCCAACCUUGGCAACAGUGGCGUUCAGCUCUUCGCUUACGGCGUCAUGUUAGGUAUGGGAAGUGCGGUAGAGACACUGUGUGGGCAAGCCUACGGUGCACACAAGUAUGAAAUGCUAGGUGUGUACAUGCAAAGAGCAACCGUAGUGCUGACCCUCACCGGGAUUCCAAUAACCUUGGUUUACAUAUUCUGCAAGCAAAUCCUGCUCUUGAUCGGUGAAUCGGCGGCUCUAUCGUCGGCGGCUGCGAUCUUCGUGUACGGCCUGAUCCCGCAGAUCUACGCUUACGCCGUGAACUUCCCCAUACAGAAGUUCCUCCAGGCGCAGAGCAUUGUAGCUCCUAGCACUUACAUUUCCGCGGCCACGCUCGUGCUUCACAUGUUGCUCAGUUGGGUGGUGGUCUUCCAAUUGGGUUUGGGCCUAAUUGGGGCCUCUUUGGUGCUGAGCCUGUCUUGGUGGAUCAUAGUGGUGGCCCAAUUUGUGUACAUUGUAAUGUCUCGGAAGUGCAGGCACACGUGGACUGGGCUUAGCUUUCAGGCCUUUCAUGGGCUCUGGGCUUUUACGAAACUAUCGGCGGCUUCCGCCGUCAUGCUGUGUCUUGAGAUUUGGUAUUUUCAGGUGCUUGUGCUGAUCACUGGGUUGCUUGAUGAUUCUGAGCUUGCCCUCGAUGCUAUCUCUGUUUGCAUGGCAAUAGCAGGACUGUUGCUUCAGAUUGGAAUUGGAUUUAACGCAGCAGCAAGUGUGAGGGUGAGCAAUGAAUUAGGGGCUGGGAAUCCAAGAGCAGCCAAAUUCUCGGUGGUGAUUGUGAACGUAGUGUCGUUCGUGGUAGCUGUGAUCGAAGCCAUUGUCGUGCUUGCUCUUCGCCAUGUCAUCAGCUACGUCUUCACCGAAGGCCAAACCGUGGCCAACGCCGUCUCUGACCUCUGCCCUUUUUUGGCCGUCACCCUCAUCCUCAAUGGCAUUCAACCUGUUUUGUCCGGGGUGGCUGUUGGGUGUGGAUGGCAAGUCGUGGUGGCUUAUGUAAACGUGGGGUGUUAUUAUGUGGUUGGGGUUCCCCUCGGUUGUCUUUUGGGCUUCAAGUUCAACCUUGGCAUUAAGGGAAUAUGGUCUGGCAUGAUCGGUGGAACUUUGAUGCAGACUUUCAUUCUUGUAUGGAUCACUUCUCGCACUGAUUGGAAUCACGAGGUGGUUAAAGCUCAGAAUCGAGUUCGAAAGUGGGAAGAUAAGAAAGAAGGUGAGCAUGAGCAGCAGGGUUGAUUCCCAUAAUCACUGAGAUUCCUCUAUUUUGUCAUUGUAUUAAUUUUAUUGCUCACAGCAAAUAAACCUCAUUUUCUUAAUGUUAUUGGUUGUUAGACAAUUUUUUAAAGAAAAGCUUAACAAGAAAAAAAAAAAAUUCUUCGUGAUGGCCACUGAUGGUCUAUGGAGAUCUGGUAUUAGUGACACAUAAAAUGCUUCU